AUGCCGCCCGCCGAAGUUCACCGUCAAGCGAAGGAGAACACCGACCAGAUCUUCAGUCACUGCAGCUUGCUCAAGGCCAUUGUUGAUCGUCAUGAGGCCAAGAUUCAGACGCGCUGGGAAAAGAAGACCAGGACCCAGCGAUUGAAAAUACUACUAACAGCUUGGCCUGAUAUGCCGACUACUCAUCGUCCCGAGUUCGCAGCCUUUCGCAAGCACCCGAACCGGCUUCACGAGGCCGCAGCUGAUAGUCGUGGCUCCUUCACAUGGCCCUACAUCAACCAAGAAGACCUGGCCAAGCCAAGGUCCUUGCCGUUGCUGCUCAAUGCGAGAGCGAGAAACCAUCCGAGCGUCUUUGCUGCUGCGGAUGGCGAUGCCAUGCAUUUGGGUAGAGUUUCCAUGGUCCUUGUUCCCAUAUUUCUCAAUACCUACGUCAUGACAUUGAACGGCAUGACGAAGCAGGCUGAUUAUGGCCGACUGAUGAGCUGGGACGACCAUGAAGAUGCCUUUGAUUGGAUGCACACGCGUAAGCAGUUCCUUCCCGGGGAAGGACUUGCUAUUCUGGAAGCUCAGAGUCGGCUCCUGGAGUUUCUUGUUUGCUGCUGCCAGCAGAUACUCCAUGAGAUUCCACCCGAGAACCUGACUAGCGACAUCUAUCCCAUUGAAGAGGAACCGUCACUCAAAAGCAACCAUGAUCCCACUGGCCUCACAUCAUUGGCCACUUUGGCAGACGAAGCACCCUACAGAGUCCCCGCUACGCUUGAUCUGCAGAAUAUCGAGUCGCUGCUUGCCGCGAGGGCUUCACGCGCCGAAGAACACGUGUGGGCAUUACGUGAAGAUCCAAGCUACUUUGCAGACCAGCUCCUAGAAGCCAGGGAGCAUCGGCUGGAAAUGCUCAAGGAUGUUAAUGGCAACGCUCAUCCUACCUUGAGAUUUCCUCGUGAGAAGUAUUUGUGGGCUAGGGUUAUUGACAACGUAGUUCUCGAGGCAACUCUUCAGCUGGACAUGUUCUCGCAGCUCCACGACCAAGCCUGCAAGUUGAAGGUCCUGCAAACAAAGCACGCAGCGGAAAUAUCACCUUUAAAAGAUCUUCCCGAGGAGUAUCUGGUAGCUCUGCUCAAGUUUCACCACUACCUCGAACAGUUGGCCAAGGGCCUUCUUAACCAGCUCAAGACGGCCUUUCCUGCUUCGCUGCCAAUGAGGAAAUUUUUUGUUCGAGCUGUGCCUGAGUCGCCGAGCUCGUCCAAGAUUAGCGUCACGCAGAAGACUGAUAUCAAGAUGGAUAAGACAACGGAGCAAUUAAUGUGGUUACUACGGACUCUCUGGGAAGACGGUCGCAAUCUGUUUCUCUGCCGCGUGCCUGUGGUCGUCGACGAGCUUGACAGGCUGAUCCAGACAGACCAAAAGGUCCGGGAUCUCCUCUCUCCAUAUAUCGUCUUUCUAAUCGGCGAGCUCUCUAUUAUUGCCGAGUGCUUGAGGCAAAUCCAGAUCUACCAGCCCUGGGCCAACGGGUUCGAGAAUGCGCUAGUCGACAGAGAGGAUGGUAUCAAGACGGAAUUCGCGUCUCGAACCAAGGGCUUGAGUCGAAUCCUGGAAGCGCUCCGUGAGGACAAUGUCGUCAAGCUGGUUCCAUAUGGGGACCCUUCGGAUAAUAAGUUUGACUAUCCUGUGGGAAGGCGCCGAAAUAUGGCGAACGUCGAGAAACUCCGGGCGGCUGAGGCUAAUUUGGACAUCUUCUGGGUCAAGAUUGACGAGCUACUUUACUCCCAAGCUGGAAAUAUGGAUGGCACAGCUCUAAAACGACUACUUGCAAAGGGUUGGCCACUUGAACGGACGCCGCCGUGGGUCGAACCGGUGGCCAAAAAGGCUGGUGAGGGCAACAAGGUCUCCAAGCCCGAUAUUGACGCUCCCACGAAGCCAUUCUCCAGCUUGUUUAUUUCUUCCGAGGAACCGUCUGCAAAGAAGGAAGUGCUGGCCGGAACAACUGUGAAGUCCAAAGUCAAGUCUCGCGGGACCCCUACCACCUCAGCGGAGAACAAGGUGGACGUCACACCAGGCCCUGCUCAUACGCAAGCAAGCCCCCCACCACUACUUUUAGUAGACAACCGCGCUCUAAAAGUCUUCCGCAUCGUCAUUUUCGAUCCGGCCGCCAACACCACGCCGGGCGAAGUGGCCUGGAAUGACUUCCUCCACGCCAUGAGGUCCGUCGGAUUUGGGGCACAGAAAUUGUACGGAUCCGUAUGGCAUUUCCAACCAACCACGCUGGCCAUGGAGAGAAGCAUUCAAUUUCAUGAACCACAUCCCAGGGGCAAGAUUCCAUUCUUGAUCGCCCGGCGGCAUGGCCGCCGGCUGAGUAGAGCUUAUGGAUGGUCUGUGGCCAUGUUUGCGCUGAAGGAUAAGGGGGCCUAG